UGUUGCUGGUGGCGAGCGAGUGUAAGCUGGUCUUUCAUCCCGCUUCUUCUUCUUAUUUCACUUGUGUGUGCCCGCAAACCGCCUGUGUUUGGCUGCUUCGACUCCAGCUUUGCCCAUCGCUUACCACCAUCCUUGCUCGCAUCCUCCGUCCACCCCGGGUCCCUGUUGCGGUCAUUUUUCCCGCAUCGGACCCCGUUCACUUUUGAAUUAACUCGCUCUGCCGACUCACACAAUAGGCUCGCGCGAAAAGGCGGGGGUGGUGCCCUGUGAGACGAGAGGGGAAAGUGCCUUUCAUCGACGCUCUAGAAAAGGAUCCCCGGUCCUGGCGGUUUUUGUGGGUGAACCACAAACUGUAUCAGACCCUGUCAUCUAAGCCAGGCGGUCUAUCUAUACGACACUCUUAACUCAAGACGGUCCCCGCCACUCCCACAACUCCUCCCGUAUACUACCGACGACCUCCCGUUCCUCGCUGCCAAAACGAGUGUCUAACUUCAUCAUGCCUCGAUCAAGAGCAGAGACUGUGACGGCUCCAUCUGUGUCAGAACGGCCCAGCACCAGCGGAGGACCUACAGGAACCAAUCACUUCGGAAAGACCGACUUCAACAACCGCGUAUCGAGAGACGACCUUACUCUCGCCUUAAAGAACUCAGGGAGGGGCACCGUCAAGGCGUAUCAUGUUCCGAUCCGUGGCCGGCUACCCUCACCGGAAACCAGCCCUCGAGGAGAAUCACCAGACCGUGUGACCAUGGUGCGAACCGCAACUCCGGAGUCCAUGGUGGAAACGGGCGAAACUGGGGUCAUCGCCAUCGGCAUGGCGCUGGGCAGCCCAGCUCAAGCGGCUGUUUUCGAAAACCAUAUCCCGGCGACCCAAAGCACGCGGAGGGCUGCAGCCGACUUCCCAGAACCCGCCGAAGAUCUGCAAGCGGUACCGCAAAAGCCCAAGAAAUGGAACCUGUUCCGAUCAAGGUCAUCGAAGCGAACCCGGCCUACAGAGCCCCAGCGAUCUUUGACAGACAACUCCAACGCAUCAAGCGUCUCGCUCACAUCUCGAGGACAACCGCCUUCAAGGACUGGAUCACAACAAGAUUCUUCAAAGAAGAACCCCCCAAAGCACAAACCCAUCGUCAUCCGAUCCCAGACGGACCCCUCCGCGAUCGAGCGGGUUGAAUCAAUAGAACCAGUUCCCGAGGUGAAGCUCGUCAAGGAACCCAAGCCAGCAAAGGAGCCCAAGUCCGGUGGUUUGGGUCGCAAGGUGUCACUAAGAGCUCUCCGUGGAGACUCGAGAGCCCGAAGGGCAGCAGAGAAGCUGGAGCCUAUGCCAUCGCCUCCAAGUCCUCCCCCCGCGAUGCCCCAGUUGAGCGGACCCCUCCUGAAUGUCGAGAUCCCCAGCAUCAAGAUGGAGCGAUACAGCGUCAUGUUCGGCGGAGUCUUGGGAACGCAGAACUCAUCCUCUUCACUCCUCGCUCGACGACAGGCGACGCUCGAUCGGCUCAAGACCCUCAACGACGAGCUCCUUCAGAACGGCGAAGAGGAGCUUCCUCGGCCGCGGCGAGCGACAUCGCCUCAACCCAAGGCCUCACCCGCAUUCUCCCUGUUCCCAGGACUUCCCAAGCCUAGCCCAAUCCAGCCCUCCCCCAGGGUGCGCUCAAACACCUCACCCGCCUUGUUGCAUUCUCCCGUCGCGGCGACAUUUGAACCCCUUCCCAAUAAAGGCAAGGAACACACUUUAGGAGAGACCCUCAAGCCCAAGGUCUUCCUGCCUGCGACACCAAAGGACACCCAACGCGAAAAGAAGCCGGCUUCAACGACGGCCGAUUCUCCUCCUCAACUAGUCUCCAAGUUCAGCAAGCAGCCGAAACGAUCAGGCGCACCUAAACCCGACCCGUCCACCAUCCGCCCCAGUCGGACGCCCUCACCAGUGACCCUCGAGGUGCAGGCUCAAGCACGCGGCAGACAGCCCUCUCCUUUUACACCUGACACAUCCAGUCUGAUCCUCGAUUCCCCCGAGGACAGCGAGUUCGGGGACGAAGUUGACGUCCACAUCACCGACAAGCUCCGGCCCACGCUCACCGAGCCUACAUGGCAGAUGGUUUCCCCUCCAGGCUCGACUACAUCUUCCAGCCCCGAGGUGACUCGCAAAUCCCCCGAGGCAACUCGAAAGGUCUCCCCGCCCUCGUCCCUGAAGUCCGCCGAGCAAAUCACUGUCAUCAAGUCUCAGCCCCUCCAGGCCGACCCCGAAGAGGCCCUCCGCAACGCCGUCGAGAUCUCCAUCGCGCGCCAGAUCAGCGUCUCGCACCAGCAGCGCAAGAUGCUACACCCACUCCAGAGCAACCCCAGCCUGCGACACCACAACGAUGGCACCGGCUCAAACUACGGCAUCCCCGUCGGGAAGAACGAGCGGCUGGCUGAGACGAAGUCGGCCCAGCCGCGGCUUGUACGUCCCCAGGACAUCAACGUGUGGGAGAUGCACCGCAAGAGCUCACGAGUUAUCGUCGAGGGGGAACCCUAAAGCAAAAACGUAUACCAGAUGAAGCCUAGCGAUGCAUAUGUAGAACGGCGGUUGGCAUAGGCGGUCGGUUUUUUUUUUCUACCGUAUCUUCUUCACUCAUACCCACUUUAUACUGCUGCUUCAAAAGAAGCAACGAGCAGGGACCUCACUGGUUGAGCUGUUUCUGUCGUCGUUUGAGGGCAACACCUCCCUCCAUAUCUUUUUUCUUUUGUCAUUUUCAUACACGAAGCCUUGAUGGUAGGAAAGGGGGAUACCAUGGGUCAUCUAGCAAGGCGCAGGAGCAGGAUCGGACAGGGAGAACGGAGCGUGCACAGCCCUGGAGCAGGUCGCUGGUUCACAAAGGGGGUUUCACGCACGUCAACAUUAUCAUCAUC